AUGCCAGUCUCGCAGACCUCAUACGUCGCCUCGGUUACGGAAUUCGACCAAGCGGUGCAGUUCUCCAGCCCAGAUACUCAAGAUCCUCAGACGAAGAAUGCGGUACUGCAGCACAUCUAUCAACAGCUUGUCACCAUCGAGCUCGUGAAUCUGCGAGACGACACAACGUCCCACCGACUGUCGUCCGUACCCUUGCCGCGGCCAGAGUUCGAUACGUACCUUGCAUUGUUUCGGAGCACAGUCCAAAUUCACAGCAAGGACAGCGCUAUUGAGUCGUGGGACAAGGAAUUCACCUACUCUGAGCUCGAUGCUGCCUCGACAGCUGUAGCGACUGCACUGCGGAGUCUGGGUGUAGUUCCCGGAGAUAACGUGCUUCUGGCAUUGAAGUGGUCGAGCUGGGCUCCCAUCUGCGUACUUGCUGUGUUCAAAGUCGCGGCGGCGUUCGGCUUCGUGGAGCCGCACACAACGGCUGCACGGGUGGAAGAUCGCAUGGAAUAA